GUAACACUUGUCCAUUUAGCAAUAUACAUUAAAGUUUCUGUCAAUUUUAAGUCAACGUUAUUUGAAUUUGAAAAUGGGGAAGUUUCUAUUACCACUGAUAUUAGUUCUCACCGUGUUAGCUAACAUAAAAAGAGUUUCAAUGUUGAAAAGGACGAUUUGCACAACAGACAAUGACUGUACAGCGACAAAAGAAACAUGUGUUACACGGGGAACCGGGAAAUACUGCGUAGAUCGUUUAUUGGCAUAUUCUUCUGCUACUUCAUGCAGUGGACAUGUUCGUGAGCUCAAAGAUGUCGGUAGAAGAGGACCUUCGUAUGUAAUUAAAUCGUCUUCCGAGCCUUAUAUAUCAGACUCAACACUUCCAGCAGGAUGGUACUUUGCUAAGGAUAGUGCCCGAUACUACACGCUUGUGAAUGGAACAGCACCGACGUUCGCGCAUUGUGGGACAUAUAGUCCGAUAUAUAUCAAAGACAAACUUGGAGAGCUGGACGAAGGCAAAGAAUAUCUACUGACCGCAUGCCUACUUGCCUUCGACAGUAGUUGUCAACAUCGUUAUAGUAUCAAACUUCGUAAAUGUGGACAACAAAUUCAGUACUAUCUACUUCCAACAGAUGGGACGAGUGCAUAUUGUUUUGAGCCGUCGUCAUUCUCAGUCGAAGAACCUGCACCAGAUUACAUAAUUCCUGACAACAUUCAAGUAAGCGUAGCACUGAUGUACCGACGUGAAAAUAACAGUUUAGAACCGGAACUUGACUUCAAAUGUAAUUUCGAAUCGGCCAGUAAUCGAUAUUACUAUGGAGUUAGCUGGGUUCUCGAUGGGAAAAUUGAGAGGACAUUUUCACCAGUAAAGGUAAAUGAUGUAGAUGGUACAAAUCUUAAUGAGACAACUCUCGGUAGACUGGGAUUCAAAUUUGGACUUACUAUCCAAUGCGCGGUUAAAGUAUCAAGUACAGCAACCGGGGACCAAACAAUCCCGCAGAUGAGUGAUACAUUCUACGCUGGUAUAAAAGUUCUUACACCUCAAAUUACAUUAAACAGCGGAUCACCGAAAAGUAUUUUAGUACUGCCAACAAUUCCUCUUGGAUGUCGAAGGCCAGAUGGUUUACCAGAUACUUUAGAAGAGCAUUGCGAUCUGGACAUUGAAAUGAUUGAUACAAAUACUAAAUAUUCGUGCCAGGACACAUCUUUGACAUCAUUAAGAAACCAAAAUCUAUGUGGAAGUAAAAUAACUGGAUGGCGGAAUGCAACUUCUCAACCGUGUAUGCAUUCACACAAUGCUGAAUUGUGUAGUUACUCAAGCAUAAAAAGAAGACUCACGACAACAUCGAUACAAAUUGCUGCGUCAAAUGACCAACUUCAGUAUCCAACCGACAAAACCUUUACUGUUCAGCUUAAAACUGGAAAUACUGCGCCUCAUUCAUUCUGGGAAGAUGUCCAACUUGACGAUGUAACGGUACGUUAUACUGGAGGAAGCCAAAACAAUAAAUGGAAAGGGAAGAUAUGCUCAGUUGUUAAUUAUCCUACAUUAGCAACAUUUGAUGGAUCUUGGAACUGGCCAUAUCAAUCUUAUAUAAACGAUUCGGGCCAUUACCUUUUGUAUAAAAAUACUGAAAGUUUGGCAGAGGUUCAAAUUAAAACCCAAUUCUGUGGUGCAGACAGUAGUCUCCACUCAUAUACCUCUUCGUGUACGUGUGCUGCUGCAAUUCAGUCGGAUGGAGACGUGUUUUUGAUUGAUAUAUGUACUGAAAUCAAACGAGCAGAGUUCACGCAUCGUCGUGGGAAUGUCCUGAAUGUAAGAGAAGUAAAAGAUACCCAGUAUGAGGUGUAUCUUCCUACUGGCACUAAAGUGAGAAUUGAAAUAAGAUUUUAUCACAUUUCGAACUUUUUAAACGUUUAUGUCACCCCAUCGCCGUCUGAUGUUACAAAUACGGAAGGUUUAUGUGGAAAUCUCGAUGGAAGUAAAGAAAAUGUAAAUAAUGUGUACUUCGAAAAAUGGAAGUUGCAACGCAGUUUGUUUAAUACGAUGCGUUACAAUCUUCCAUCAACACGGACCUACAAUCAUAACGUUUGCAUAUGUCCAAGGGCUUUCCCAAAUGAAACUUUUCGAGUAUUACAGAAUGGUCAUAAAGAUGAUAGGGCAACAUGUUUCUCACAGCAGUACGCUACAUGUACAGAAAAUAUUCAACUUCCAGGAGAAAAGAAAACUUUCACAUUAAAAAACAAAAGAUCUAUUGCAAGACAUAGAAGAAAUGUUGAAAGAUUACUUGAUCUCUCAUUCUCAUGUGAGAAUUCAAAUACCCGUUUCCGCAAGGUAAGUAUAAUUUUAUAUCAAGUUUCUUCACCACAAUCCUUUAAUUUAACGACCUCUUUAAAUACCCACUUUCGACCGGUGCAUGUGAAAAUUAUUGUUAAAUUUAUCAUGUCUAUCACUGUCUACAACGUAUUAAUUUCUCAAUUUUCAAAACUGCAUAUUUAAUUAUCAGUAAAUGUG